AUUUAUUUAAUGCGAUGAAAAAGAGCAAAACCAAGAAAGAGAAAAAAAAGCGAAGUUCACUUUCGCGUUCGUUGCCAGACCGUCCGACCUUCGGCUCUCAAAUAAGAUUGCCGGAUCCUUCUCCACGUCUCUCUCUCCUCCAAUCUCCAACGGAGUUCUUCCCCUCUCUCUGGGCCUGAAACUCCGGCGAGCCGACCGCCGUAAAUGAGAGGAAAAUGGGCGGCGCGAACGCACCGAGGCGGCUCUCCGGGAUGCAGAAGCAGGUGCUCGCCCUCUACCGCGGCUUCCUCCGGGCGGCCCGCUCCAAGUCCCCCGACGACCGCCGCCGCGUCGAAUCGAUCGUCUCCGCCGAGUUCCGCCGCGGCGCCCGGCAGGUAGACCGCAAGAACUUCCUCUACAUCGAGUACUUGCUCCGCCGCGGCAAGAAGCAGCUCGAUCAGCUCAGAAGCCCCGACACCACCGCGCUGUCUUCGCUCAACUUCAUCCCGCCUUCUCAAUCGGUGGACUCGCGCAAGUAGUUGUGAGUUCUGGUUUUGCGGGGUCGUGUUUUAUCUGGGCCUGAGUUAAAUUGCGCAAGUGAUUAUUGCUUUUGGGUAAAGCUUCAUUCCAUACAGCAGAAUUUCGAAUCUGUAGUACUGUCUUUGCUGAUCAAGUUUCAUUUUUUUUCUUUUCUUUUUGGAUAAACUUUGAGGUUAGCGAUGAUAGGCAGAGUGCACUGCUAAGUCUCAUUGUGAUAUGUAACGACAUUGGUUUCAGUUGUCCAUUCAUUUACUGGAAUAAAUCUUCCAUUUCCCCUCGACUUGUCAUGGGAAUGUGCCGUUAUUGUUUAGGGAGUUUAUGGUAUUCGAUUGAGUAUGUACAUGUGUUUGAUGCAGAAAGACACCUUAAUGCCUCCCUAUCGAAUGUUCAGUGAAUGUUUCGAUGGGGAUGGGAAUUCUACUGUGUAUUUGAAGAUAUGAAUACAGGAGUGCUUUGUGUA